UGUCAAGAAGUAGAACUCUAAACUUUUCUUAGAAUUAGGUUAUCGUUUGCUACUUCCGAGCUUAUUUGAUUUGCCAUUAGAAUUAGAAGGAAGAGAGAAAGAGAACACCUUUUUGAUCAGCCAAAUUCGCUUGCGAUCGGGGAUUUUUCUUCAAGAUAUUGCGAAUCUCAUAUCACAUCGCCUAAUGCACACAUAUAGCCGAUGUACGGCAGCAUUAUUGGUUCAGUCAGUAGAUGUAACUUCGUCGGAAACGGUCAUGGCAAAGACAACACACGGCACGGCAGUUUCGCUAAUCGUAAUAUGGACUUUGUUGCAAGUACGAAGUGCCUUGUCGAAAGCAGACAAAGAAUACGAGAUCCCAAGCUUCAGAGCAAACUGGUUUAAAGCGAGCGAGUUCUGUAGCUCGAUCGGUAUGCAACUGGUGACGAUUACAAGCCGCGAUGAGAAUGACGCUGUGGCCCGAUUUGUCCAAGGAUCGGACAAAUUCAGCGAUGUGGCGUCAUCGUUCUGGAUCGGCGGCAAUGAUCUGGCAGAGGAAGGUACAUUCAGCUGGAUGCCGAACGGUCGACUGGUCAGGUAUGCCAAUUGGUCCCCCGGAGAACCGAACAACACGGAAGACAAGGAGCACUGUAUGCAACUAGUUUACAUACCCCGAUUCGAGCAGAGAUGGACUUGGAAUGAUAACGAGUGUCGAACAAAUCAUAUGUACUUUAUUUGUGAGAGUAAACCGCGCGAUUGCGUGGAACAGCUCAAAGGAUGAUCGUCGGAUUGAAUUUCAGUCACUUCCCGAGCAGGAAUGAGAACUAAUUGUAAACUAAUUAUGAUGUCGUGAUAUCAUCAUUUAUAACUCAAUAUGAUAUUAGUCUACUCGAGUCAAUCCGUAUAGGCCUGAGUGGAAGCAAAAAUACUAAAACUUUCACCGCUCAGCGAAUACUUAACGAUAAGAUUCUGCUCGGGUUGGUUGUGUUAGGAUCUCGAACGUUAUCGCCUCCAUCACAUGAUGCGUUGUAGUUUUAGUCGAAAACAAUAAAUAUGUUUACUAGUUUUAUCGCCUCAUAUUGAAACAAAAGACGCUGUUUUAAUUGGAAA